AUGGCGACCAAGGUGAAGGGUAUUUUAAAAGGCCUAAGAUACAUAUCACAGAUAUUUGAUGAUCAGAAAGAACCAGAAAUGCAAAUUGGAUACCCCACGGAUGUAAAGCAUGUUGCGCACAUUGGGUGGGAGGGUCCGUCUGCGAAUAAUACGCCGACCUGGAUGAGGGGGUUUAAUUCUACUACACCAAAGGUCUCAUCCGGGCAGUUAGAUUCUUUUGGAGAAGAUAAUAAAUUGUCAUCUGAAGAUGUAAAACGAAGUGGCGGUGGAAUUAAAGAAAGCCUGCUGGAACAUAUUAAAUCAGCAGGAAGUGGGUCACCUGCUAACUCCCCCCGACGGAGCAGUGAUGCACCAAAGCACUCCCGGCGCUACCGCUCAACGGAUGCAUCAACGGAUUCCCCAUCCCGAGAAUCACCGGGCAGCACACGACACUCAAGACGACACCGGAAUUCGAUUAAUGGAAAAGACUUGCAAUCACAAGACCUGCCAGCUGUCCCCAAACACUCUCGUCGGAGGAAGUCAAAGGGCUCAUCUGGUGGCGGCUCAAUAAAGGCGUUGAGGUCAAAAGACCAGAAUUCUUUACCCGACAUCCACUUCACAGAUGUGGAAUCCGGUUCCGGUUCCGGAUCCGGGCAUGGGCUGAUGAAGAGCAAUGAGAACCAACUUAACUCGGUUUUGGAAAAGGAAGGAGACAAGAUAUGA